AUGUCGUCCGAUCAAUCCCAAUCCCAAUCCUCAUCGUCCGACUCCCACGAACCGUCCAUGGUGGGAGGGCACGUCAAGUACGUCCAAGGCGCCGUCUCGUCCGCCCUCGGUUACGAAACGGGCCAACAGACCAAAUCCGAAGCCGUGCAGGAGAUGAAAGACGCCAAAGCGCAGUCGAACAGCAGUGGCCAACCGAUGCAGUCGACGCUGCUCGGCACGGUCGAAAACGCCGCGGGCAAACUCACGGGGUGCGAGGGCAUGGUGGAAGAAGGGCAGCAGCGGAUUCCUGAAAAGAGAGGCAGUGAAGAGCAGAGUGGGACAGGUUGA